AUUAACUCAAUUCAUUUCGAGUAGUUCAAAUUCUUCGUCUUGAAAAGAUUCCUCUGUUACGACACACGACUUAACACCAAACAGAUCACAUCAACUGGUCACCCAUAUAACUGACCACCGCACCAAUUCCUACCUAAUUCCUAUAUAUGUAAAAUAUGUCAAAUCCUUAUCAAUGCUAAUUGUCAUAUAAUUUGUUUUCUAGUCUUCCAUAUCCUUUUUCCAAAUAUAAUCAGUAGUCAUCUAACAAGAUUAUUAGUAUGUGACCAAACUUUUACUAUCAGAAUCUCUUUGUCUUUCUCCUCAUUUUACUGGGAUUGAUUUUUACAAAAAGAUGGCUGAUCAGAGGUACGAAAUGAGUCUUGCCUUGACUGUGUUCGCGGUGAUCUGGACUGGAGUAAUUGCUCAAGAAAGCGAUGACUGCACAAACGUGUGGGUCAGCAUGUCACCUUGCCUGAACUACUACGCGGGCAGCACCUCACCACAAUUCUCAGGUUGCUGCACGCAGCUUAGCACGGUGGUUGAUGAAAAGUCAGAGUGCUUGUGCCAGGUUCUCAAAGGGGGUAACUCUGACCUUGGACUCAACAUUAACCAGACUCGGUUAUCGGCCCUCACUACCGCUUGCAAAGUUCAGACUCCACCUGCUAGCAGCUGCAACGGACGUGGAUCUGCAUCACAAGGAGGUUCCAAUGAUGCAACUUCAACCAAUAUGGCUGCUCCUUUUCCUUUUUCUUUCUCUUGAUUGCUUCUUAUGCUUCAAUAAUCAACAUCACCUAACGACUUUUCACUCCAUUGUAUUUUGACUAGCUAGUUUGCUCUGUCAUGAAAAUGAACUAUUACUUUUCAAACAUUUGCUCAUUUCAGCAGUCAGUUUUCCACCAAGCCUGAUUGGCCAUUGUAUCGUACUUCGUCAAUCACUAUUGCUAGUUUGCUCUGCAUUCA